AAUUAUUUAACUCGCGCAUUUAUAGCAAAUUAUUUCCGAUUUAGUUGAUUUCGAGUACUAAAAGUGACAAGAUGUUUAGAAGUGCGCUAGUGAUUUGCUUUUGCCUUUUAAGCUUAUCCCAAGCAGCUGUUUAUUCGGAGCGCUAUUUUAAAGACCCAGCGCAUCCCGGCAAAUGUGUUGUAAAAGAUAAAGUAGUAUCUCCUGGUCAGAGCAUUAAACACCCCGUUAUGGCUUGUGCCCAAUUCACCUGUGAUAAUGCACAAGGCUUGGCGACGAUCGAAACCUGUGAUCCUGUCAGUGCUUUGCCUUCGCCACUUUCCAUGAUUAAGUAUGAUCCUCGAGACAAGCCGACAUGCUCUUGGGGCGAUUUCAUUAAUACGAACGCACCAUAUCCGGAAUGUUGCAAACGGCAUUUCUCUUGUGUGCUUUGAAAUAGUGACUAAUGAGUGAAUAAUAAAUCUGCAGAAAAUGCUAUUUAUAUAUUAAGUGGUCAAAAAAUAAAAUGAAAACUAUAAAAAUAUAAGCAAAUAUAUUUUUAAAUUAUAAGAGUGCUGGACAAAUAUUAAUUCGAAAAUAAAACUUAAUGAUGUUAGUAAA